CGGAGUCCAGGAGGUGCCGGCCAAGGGAGGGGGCGCGGCGACCGUGAAGUCCGGCGCUCCCGCAGGCCGUGGAGGCGAUGCUGGCUGCUGCGGAGCAGGCAGCUGGGCGGACGGGGAUGUGACGGGACUGUCCUUCGCCUCUCUCCUACCCUCGGGCGGGCAGGUCGCUGGGCGACCCGCAGCCGGGCCGCGGCCGAGGAGGCAGCGCGACCUCCGCACGAUUCUGUCAAGUUUUAAGAACCAAUGCACCUUAUAGCCCAUGGAAGAAAAAACACAAAUCAAGACAUUUUUGGGUUCCAAGCUGCCGAAAUAUGGAAUGAAAUCCGUGAGAAGUACUUUGCAGCCAAUGUCAAAUGGGGCCACCGUGACUUUAUUAGGAACCUCCAAGAGUAGUAAUGUCAAAAGUUAUAUAAAAAAUAAUGGCUCUGAUUGUUCAUUGUCCCAUUCAUUUAAUUGGAGAAAAACAAAUAAUUAUCAACUUGGUUCACAAAAUACAGCAGAACUUAAUAAUAUCCAAAUUACACACGAUAAACUAAUUGAUACUGAACAGCAUGCUCCUGCUCCAGGAACGCUGGAUGGGAAUGGGAUAAAGGGAGGUUUGAAUAGUACGUCCUUGUUCACAUCCAAGCUAGCAAGACCGUCAGCCAUGUUUGUGUCAUCGGCAGAGGAGUUAAGUCAAAAUUCUUUUUCUGGACCAUCUAAUCUGGGUAAAUUUACCAAAGGCACAUUACUAGGAAGGACUUCAUAUUCUUCGGUCAAUGCGAAGUCACAUUUGAAUACGUUUUAUGGGAACCGAUCCCCUGGUAACAUGCAGAAGCCAAGAAUAAACUCCUGUGCCAGCCGAAGUAGUUCUGGAGAAAGCUUAGCACAGUCCCCAGACAAUGCUAAAUCUAUUACUUGUGAAAAAAUGGUAAGGUCACAGAGUUUUUCACAUUCCAUUCAGAAUGCCUUCCUUCCACCUUCAUCUAUAACGAGAUCACAUUCCUUCAACAGAGCUGUAGACCUUACAAAGCCUUAUCAGAACCAACAGCUACCCGUUCGAGUGCCUCUCCGGUCAGGUAUGUUAACAAGAAGUGCUCGGCAGUCAGAAGUACUCAAUGGGAAUGAACACUUGGGGUUUGGUUUUAAUAGGCCUUAUGCUGCUGGUGGAAAGAAACUGGCUUUAUCAAGUGGCCCAGGGGUGUCGUCCACUCUGGUUUACAGGAUGGGCCAUCCCUCUCUUCUGAAGUCUAGCCGACCUCCAUUCUCUGGGUCUAUGACAGUUGAUAGUAAUAAAAACCCAUCUGCUGACAUGUGCGUAGAGGAAGAAGGUGUGGUUUCGGCAAAGGACAGCUCUACUGGCAAGGACCAAGAACUAAUUGAAAAUGAAAGUUACCGAAGAGACAAUGAUCAGACUAUGAAGCACGAUUCUAAAAUUAGGUACCUAAGUGAUGAUGUGGAUGAUAUUUCCUUGUCGUCUUUGUCAUCUUCUGAUAAGAAUGAUUUAAGUGAAGAUUUCAGUGAUGACUUUAUCGACUUAGAGGACUCCAACAGAACUAGAAUAACUCCAGAGGACAUUACUCUCAAAGAAGAAAAGCAUGAGAACGGACCAUCAAAGGAUGUAUUUGAUUCUCCUAAGGAAAGUGAACAGAUCUUCAGUAAAGCUGAUGAGUGGAUAGAUAUAAGUGUCUCUGACAGGAGUGAAUGUACAAAGCAUAUGUCUGGCAACAACUUGAUUUCACCCGAUACGGAUUACAGAGCUGGGUCUUCAUUUGAACUCUCUCCAUCCGAUAGCUCUGAUGGGACGUACAUGUGGGAUGAAGAGGGCCUGGAACCCAUUGGAAGUGUCCAUCCUGUUGGCAGCUAUGAGUCCUCUGAAAUGAACAGCAUAGAUAUUCUGAAUAAUCUUGAAUCGUGUGACCUUGAGGAUGAUGACCUUAUGUUGGAUGUGGAUUUGCCGGAGGAUGCACCUCUUGAAAAUGUGGAGUGUGACAAUAUGAACCGCUUUGACCGAACAGACAGAAAUGUCCGACAGUCGCAGGACGGAUUUUGGAAAAGGCCAUCGCAGAGGUGGAGUGGACAGGACCAUUACCACCUUAGCCAUCCUGAUCACUAUCAUCACCAUGGAAAAAGUGACUUGAGCAGAGGCUCUCCUUACAGGGAAUCUCCUUUGGGUCAUUUUGAAAGCUAUGGAGGGACCCCCUUUUUCCAGGCUCAGAAGAUGUUUGUAGAUGUUCCAGAUAACACAGUGAUCCUGGAUGAGAUGACCCUCAGGCACAUGGUCCAGGAUUGCACAGCUGUCAAAACGCAGUUACUGAAACUCAAGCGGCUCUUACACCAGCAUGACGGAAGUGGAUCAUUACAUGAUGUUCAGCUAUCAUUGCCAUCCAGUCCAGAGCCUGAGGACGGCGAUCAGAUAUAUACGAAUGAAGAUUUACUAAAUGAAAUAAAACAACUUAAAGAAGAAUUAAAGAAAAAAGAUGAAAAAAUCCAACUAUUAGAGCAUCAGCUUGCAACCCGCUGUAACUGCCACCAGAAAUGUAAAGAGGACAGGCGUGCAUAUGCUGAUAAGUUCACGCAGACACCCUGGAGGAGAUCUCCGGUAAGUUCUGUUCUUCACUUCUGCCCUUGCUAUUGUGCUUGUUGCUUUGAGUUUUAAUCUAACCACUAAUAAUUUUGAAUCUGCCAUUGCUAUUUUUUUCUUUAGGUGAGCUGCUCUUUGCUUUCUCCUAGUUGUUAUGUGCUUUCCAAAGCUUCUCUUGUGUGCUCUGUACAAGCGAAUGUGCUUUUAAUAGCUUUUCCAUUCUGCAUACUGUGGCCCAUCUUAUUUGAGUGUCCACUCUUUUCUCAUUGCAUGUUUUUGUGGGAGUAGUGAUACUGUUGUCCCACUUAUACAGUGUAUCCCACAGUGAAGGUGUAUGAUAGAGACAGUGUAUUCCCUUUCGUGUUGAAACUUUCCCAAAUAGGUUUUACUAUUAUAAUGAUAAACUAUUGAGGGAAUUAAGAAAUAUUAAUACAUGAAAACAUAGUUGGAGUAUGGUUUGUUUAAAACAGUAGGAAAUAGCUACUAAAUAUUGUUCAUUUUUUUUAAAGCGUUAUAUAUCAAAAUAUAUUUAGUGCUAAAAGUACCUUGAAUACCUGGAACUCGCUUCAGGAUGUCAGACAUUACUCUAUUGUAUGGAGGAAGUAAUAGAUUACUACUAAUUAGAGCUUGGUAUACUUUGAGAUUCCUUUUGUGUUCUAUAUUGUAACAGAGUUCCAGUAACACAGAUUAAUAGGGAAAUAUAAAGGCUAAUAUAGUCAAUCCAACUGAGGAAAAUAAUAGGGAAAUAAAGGCUAAUAUAGUCAAUCCAACUGAGGAAACCCAACUGUGAACCUUACUUUUGCUUCUUUUCAUGUAAUAUAUAAUUGCCUUCUCUGUUAACUUACUUAAAGAUCAUCUUGGUUCUUGAAGAAAAAGUGAGGAAUCAGAGAGGGAAAUACAUAGAUAGAUACAGCAGACUGAUAAAAACAGGUGCAAGGUCUGAGAAGGCCAGAGGAUGGGGAAGGUCCAGCCAGGUGAGGAGCUUGUGAGGGAAGGUGAAGGUGAAGGAGGCCUCUCACAGGAGGUGUGGGAACUUAAAUGUUUGGAGACAAGUCUGAGAUGAGAGUAUGUCCUGUGUCUCUCCAUGGGCAUUUAAUCUUUCUAGGGUCUCCAGUUUUCCCGUAGACUGUUUUAGUUUUAAACAUCGCUACUUUGCAUCUUCAGGGAAAUCAUUAAACUUCAUAGUUUCCCCGGCCCCCCGGCCCCACCUCAUUGUUCUCAGUCAGGGUAUUAAUCUGCCUUCUUAAGUAACUGUAUAGAACAAGUCUGGUGUAUUCCUGAUCAGUUCUUAUAGUGAUCUUGGGAGAAUUAAAGUCAGGGCUUUAGCAAAGCACUGUCAGAAUCUCAGGCUGCAGCUUUCACCUUUACUUUUUUUUAUAGGCAUUGCCUGGCCUUUGUUUUAGAAAUAGGAAUAAAAGUCAAGGUAUAUAGUAAAUAACUAUUACACGUCCUGUAGCAAAGAAAUGGCUGUGACAACAUAACUUAGAGGACUCCUGACCAGCAGUCCACAGUCCCUUCUCCCCUAAGCAUACGGAAGAGCCUUGGCAGAUGAGAGGUUUUGAAAGUUAGAAUGGGAGGAUAGGGCCAUUUUUAACUACAGGACAGCUAGGAAAGGCAGUGAAGGGUGGCAACAGUAAGUGCACAGUUAGUUAGGCCGGAACACACAUGGGUCCUAAGGAAAACGGUGAGAGUUAGUGUGAAAGCUCGUAGGAGUACAGCUGUAGUCAGAAAGUCUAAUCUAGGAAUAACUACUGUAGUUUCACUGGAGUUCAUUCAGUGAAUAAAUACAUGUGUGUUCAUUUACAGUAAUAUUUAUCUGGUUAAUAAUGAGUUUACUGUGUGGUCUUUAACCCCCGGUUCAUUGGACUUCACUUGAAAUACAUUAUUUUGUAAACAGUUACUAUAAUUAUAGUGAUUUUCCUUUUACACAAAAAAUAUAU